UUUUCAUUCAGAAAAAUGAAGAAGGCAGUUUGUUUGGUAGUUCUUUUGAGCAUUUUUGCAGCUGGAGCAUUUGCAUCACCAUUCUUCAGUGGAAGGAUUCUUGGAGGAUCUGAUGCUGUUGCUGGACAAUUCCCAUUUGCUGUGUCCCUGCGGACUCUCCUGAACACUCACUUCUGCGGCGGAUGCAUCCUCAAUGAGCGCUGGGUCCUUACAUCUGGUCACUGCAUGAUGGGCCGUGACCAGGAUGCCAUCAAUAUCGUGGCUGGAAGUCACCUGCGGAAUUCCGGUGGGCUGGUUUUUCGCAGUUCGCGAAUUUUCACACAUCCCAACUUCAAUUUCAACCUAAUGACCAAUGAUGUGUCUCUGAUUCUGGUGACUACUCCAUUUUUCUGGACCAACAACAUUCAGCCCAUUUCUCUGGGAGAUUCUGAGAUUUCAGGUGGAGUUACAGCUACACUCCUUGGCUGGGGAUGGACAACAAAUCCUGGAAGUUUAGCAGAUGCCCUUCAGUGGCUUCCGAGUGUGACUCUGACCCAGGAUGAAUGUCGUUCGAGGCAUGCUCUAGCCCAGAGAGCUUUUAUUCACGAUAACACCUUAUGCACGUCCAAUCCGUUUGGCCAGGGAAUGUGCAUGGGAGAUACUGGAGGUCCUGUAAUCAUCGGAAAUUCCGUGAUUGGUGUUAAAAGUUGGAGUGUUCAAUGUGGUUUAGUGCCCGAUAUUCAUGCUCGUGUCUCCAGCCACCGCGAAUGGAUAGUCUCCCUGGCGGAAGCACCAAUUCACCAACUUCCAUGAAAAUCCCUGCAGAUCCAUAAAAUCCCCAGCAUAAGCAUAAAUUAACCUUUUCACAUGAGAGUGUGCGUGUAAUUUUAUCGCAGUGUUUUGGCGAGUCAUUAAAAAUGUCAGCACAG